UUUUGAAGAUGUAACUCAGGAUUUUUCUGCACUUGGAAUUUGGCAAUAAUGAAUCACCUUUACUUUGCACCUCUCAAGUAAAACGUCCUUUCCACCCAUUCCAUUGCACCCCAUGUCAAUCUGACUUGAUCUUUCUCAAGAAUAGAAAAAAGGCACUUGCUGUGCAAAUCCCUGUGUUGUUUUUUUGGGGGGGGGUUUCUGAUCCAAAAACAUGUGACUGACAAGCCUUCAGGAAUUGCAAUCACCCUAAAACAAACUACCUGAGCUCUGGUUUCACUUUCAGUGCAUGGGGAUUUUACCUCCGCCAGCUGUGCUGACUCCAUGUUUCUGUCGGUCUCUCCAUGCAUUAUUAUUUGCUGAAUCACCUCUUUCAAAAGCCUCUGGAGCUCUUUGCUGAUCCAUUGAAGAAAAUCAUAGCCCCUGUAAAGCCAGCUGAGAGACAGGAAAUGCAGUGCUUUGCCAGGCUUCCCCUGCUGUCUCUUUCUGUGGUUUUAAAUGGCUGCUUAUCUCUCCUAGGGGGUGGAAGGGCUUGGUAAAAUACUUGGGAAAUCCCUUUCUCACCCAAACCCUCCUACCCUAGCUGGGAAUUCCCUGUGACAGGGGGGUGUCACUCACAGGAAGCAAUUGUCAAAGGCUGGCUGUUGUUCUUCUCAGUUCAAACAGCAGCAGUCUGAAAGUAGCAAGGGCAAGGGGACUAAUACAGCUCUCAGACUCACUCCCCCAGGAGCCUUUCCUGCAAUGUGCCUGUCAGACAGGCUUUCAGGACUGAUAUCUGUCAUGGAGGCGUAACAGAUUUAGCUGUUGAUGGGGAAGGCAAGAAAAGUCCCCACUGAAUUGUUUGUUCCCUCCCCACAAGUUCCCCAUGCAAGGGCUAGGUUUUCUGUGGUUUGCCAUUCCAUUUGCUAAAUUUACUCCUUCCCUGCACUACCUACCAGGGCCUGCAGCCUGGCGAUGGUGUGUGUACCCCUCUUCUAAGAACUUCAAGGCUGAAUCGGAGCGUCUAGCUAGAUGUACGCAGACAAAUCUUGCUAGUUCAGGGUUCAGUCCUGGGCCAUGUCUAUGGGAGUUCUGUAGUUUUAUAUGGGUAAUCCCUUUAUACAAGUUAGUUUUAUAUGGGUAAUCCUUUUAUAUGAGUUAGGCUAAAAAGCAACAGUAAAGGGGGCUACCCCUUCUCCUUAGGGCACAAGUCAGUCUCUAACUGAAGGGACCUGGAAAAAAGUUUACAUGGGCAGCUCAGUCCAUAAUUACCACUUCAGUUUCCUGAAUUUCUCCAAAGCAUCUGGUACAGGCUGCUAUUGGAGACAAGACACUGAGAUAGAUGACGUACGGGUCUGACCCAGUCUGGUGAGUCUCAUGCUGCUAUUUUCCCAAAAAAAGAGCCCUGAAAGAGCUAAUAUUAAAACAUGUUUUGGAGAAGGGGACUUCCAAAGAGCACUUGACUUGUGCCCUCAUUUCUUCUGCUGUGAGCAGAGAGGUACAGAAAUUCACAAGAAUCCAGUAGGCCGAGGGCUUUGGAGACCAGAUUCUUCUUGAAUAUUAUGGUGACCUGCCUGUUCGCAUAAACAAGCUAGCAGAAGCAGGAACAGCAUGACAUUCAUGUGCAUGGCCACAAAUCACCCUAUACCACAAUCAGUAGGCAUAAUUUUAGGCCUACCAGCCUUGACAGUGUCACUUUAAAGACAGGUGGGAGGUUGGUUUGCUAUAAUGGCUGAUGAGUCAACACAAUGUUGCUAUACAUAUAACAGGGGGUCGAUUCCUCCUCCUGUCAUUGUUUAUACCUGUGCAAAGUGAGUGGGAAAGGGGAAAUGCUACCCCUGGUGUUUGUGUGAAAAGAAUUCCAAUAUGAUAGUGUUUUACGUGCAUCUGGAGCAGCUGUAGUGAUGACACAAGAUGCCAGGCACCUUACCUUCACUUCUAAUACUUCCAGAAAAGGGUUUGAACAAAUUCUUGGAGGAAAGGCACAGCAAUAGCUAUUGAGCACAGAAUAAGGAGUUAGGGAUACUGCCUCAGAUCUUCCUACACCUUCAAUGCUGGAGGCUGCAAGUGAGAGAAGAGCAAUGGAAAAAACCCUGGUCAGACCCAGCACCCCCUUUGCCCGUGUGACAUAGGCUACUGUGUAAGCAGGACCUAUGGUCUGACCCAGUAAAUGGCAGUUCUUAUGUAUCGUGUUCUUCUGUUACUCUGAAUCUCUGUCCCUGGACCCCUUCCUUGGAAGCAGGAACAGCCUCCUGCUCCCAGCACUGCCCCUCCUCUUUUCCUGGUCCCUUUUAAAAACUCACUUAGAAACCUUCCCACGCACAGACUUAGUUUUUAUCUGAACUUGUGUAUCAGCUCUUCUAGGCAGGGUCUGCAUCUCUCCCCAUUUCUGUAAAAUAACAGGCCCACUCGCAGUGCUGGAUAAAUAUUAAAUAUGGUUAUUUUCUGUGCUUAAUCCUUUGGCAUGUUUCACGCAAGGCAAGUUGCGGCAACACCCCUUUCCUGACUUUCUGUUCUCAGCCAGCUCAGCCUGUCCUGCACAGGCCAUUUGGCUCUAGACAAACCCUGUUGCUCUGGGUUUGUUUUUUAAUGAGUUCAGAGGAGCAGUGGAGGAGGGGCAUUUUGCAGUGUUAUUGAACAGCGGGAACAGCUCACCAGGAGAAAGAACUUUUGUCUGGAAAGAAUAAAAAACAAAAACAGAAAAGCCCACAGAGUCCUCCGCACAUUUAGCAAUUAUUUAGGUUCUGAAUGUGCAGCCCUCUCAUUGCUGAGGCUGGCCAAGCAGGGCCACAGGAUAUUUAAGAAAUCGUCACGCUGUCAAAGCUAAUACCCUGUCCCUGCUGAAUCUACAGACUUUGUUUAUUGCCAUGUCUGUCUCUCGCUCUGCAGUGGUGCUGAUGGAGUCCUGCUCUGGUAAAGGUACAACGAGUCUCAGACCAUGAACUAUGUGGGGCACCUGGCGGAGACGGUGUUUGUCACCGUGAAGGAGCUGUACAAGGGCCUGAACCCAGCCACCCUGACGGGAUGCAUUGACAUUAUUGUGGUGAGGCAGCCAGAUGGCUCUUUCCAGUGUUCGCCUUUCCAUGUGCGCUUUGGGAAGCUGGGUGUGCUGCGCUCCAAGGAGAAGGUGGUUGACAUAGAAAUCAAUGGAGAACCUGUGGACUUACACAUGAAGCUGGGAGACAAUGGAGAGGCAUUCUUUGUCCAGCAAUCAGAGGAGAAUGAGGGAAACAUCCCCUCCUGUCUCUGCACUUCACCCAUCCCACUGGAAGAAAGCCCAGAUCAUACAGCCGGAUCAUCUCAGGAGCCUGGAGUUUCUAAACUCAGUCUGUCUGGAGAGACAGAAACAUCAACUUCCAACAUGACCCUUCGUAAGAAAAGGCGGCGCAAGAAGAAGCCGAAGCAGAAGGAGGCAGCAGACUCCACUCCGGAAGAGCAGGAAGGAACGGAGAGUGAAAGGUCUCUUGAGGAAAAGCACAAACAGCUGACUCCUUCUGAGUCAGUUUAUUUCUCCUUCACUGACCUGCCAGAAGAGGAGAUUGGGCCCUCACUAUCCAAAGAGAUCUACCCUUAUUCUGAUGGGGAGCUGGCUUCACUGGAGAGCCUCUCCCCAAGCCAUCCAGCUUCUCCUAAAAGUGACUCUGAACUGGAGAUUAAACCUACUGAGCCGUCCCCUCUUGGAGCUGAGUCUCACAUGCAGUGGACCUGGGGGAGGCUCCCUCAGGUGAGUAAAUCAGAGCGAGUUGAACCAGUGAAGUCCACAGCAUUUGUCACUACAACAGCGACUGUUGCCACGACGACACCCAUCCCAGUGGGUGAGACAACCCAUUUCCUAGCCAUCACGGCGGGUUUGGAAGGUGACUUGGUCACAGUGGAUUCUCAGGGCAUGCCCGGUUCCUGUACCACACCUGUAAUUAGGCCAACACCUGUCUUCCAAAAUGGAAAUGGCCUCCCUAUGCUGAAGGACUUCCACCCUGUGACCGAGUCUGCAGACACAGCAGAGAGUUCUCUGGAGGCCUCCCCCACCCUGGCAGAGGAACAGGGAGCAAAGCAGCAGCCAGAGGCAGGGGCUGCAGAAGAAGGAGGAGAAGAGACCCUGGAGGCCACAACUGAGCAAGUCCUGCAGCUGGAUCCUUCUGGUGUUCAAGAGGCACCUGCCAUGAGGCCAACAAAAUUGGAGAGCACCCAGCCUGGUGACAACCUGGAAACCAAACUGGAAAACCAAAGGAGGCAGGGCUCCACGAAAAGAAGUCAUCAUCUGGGUCCCAGUGACAUCUACCUGGACGAUCUCACCAACCUGGAUGAAGACCAGGUGGCACUUUAUUUCCCUAAAAGUGAUAUGGAACUGAGCCCAAAGCCCUUGACCGAUCCCGGAAGCCUCUGCAGCACCCAGCUGCCAGCUGGAACUGUGAUUGACAGCGGCACAGAGAACUUGUCAGACUCCACCUAUGAAGGGAUGUCCCCUGUUGCACUAUCUCUGUGUGGAGGUCUUGGGGACAACAGGGAGAUCUCCCAUGAGAAGUUCAUGGAGCACAUCAUCUCAUACCAGGAGUUUGCUAAGAACCCAGGAGUCCUCGAUGACCCCAACCUGGUGAUACUGAUCCACAAGAAGUAUUAUAAUUGGGCAGUGGCUGCUCCUAUGAUCCUCUCUUUACAGGCAUUCCAGAAGAACAUUCCCAAGAGCACCGUUGAUCAGCUGAUGAAGGAGAAGAUGCCCAAGAAGAGUGGCAGGUGGUGGUUUUCCUGGAGGAGGAGAGAGUUCCCUAGUAAGGAGCAUGAACCCAGUGCAGAACAUGCCAGUACAGAAGCGCUGCAGCAGGGCUCCACUCCACAGAGACAGACUGAGGAGCCUUCAUCCAGUGACGAAGAACCGGCAUCCCCAGGGACUGUUUUGAUAACAGAUGCCACAGCACAGAAAUAUCUUCCCACCUAUAAGAAAUCUCUGAGACUGUCUUCAGAUCAGAUUAAGAGGCUGAAUCUGCGGGAUGGCCCCAACGAGGUGAUGUUUAGCAUCACCACCCAAUACCAGGGCACAUGUCGCUGUGAGGCCACCAUCUACUUGUGGAAAUGGGAUGACAAGGUGGUGAUCUCGGAUAUUGAUGGGACCAUCACCAAGUCUGAUGCUCUGGGUCACAUUUUGCCACAUCUGGGAAAAGACUGGACUCACCAUGGGAUUACCAAACUCUAUCACAAAAUCCAUUUGAAUGGCUAUAAGUUCCUCUACUGUUCAGCCAGGGCCAUUGGCAUGGCGCAUAUCACCAAAGGGUACCUGAAAUGGGUCAACGACCAGGGCUGUGCCCUCCCAAAGGGCCCCAUCCUGCUGGCCCCCAGCAGCCUCUUCUCAGCUCUUCACAGGGAGGUGAUUGAGAAAAAGCCAGAGGUGUUCAAAAUUGCCUGCUUGACAGACAUUCGGAACCUUUUUGGCUCUGCACAGCAGCCCUUUCAUGCCGCCUUUGGGAACAGAGUUAACGAUGUCUAUGCCUACAAGCAAGUGGGGCUGCCAGAGUCUCGUAUAUUCACUGUGAAUCCCAAGGGGGAGCUGAUCCAGGAGCUCACCAAGAACCAUAAGUCCACGUAUGAACGACUGACUGAGCUGGUAGAACUGAUCUUCCCCCCUGUAGGUCAGAAAGGGAGCUUUGCUUUGUCUUGGCCAGAAUAUAGCCACUUUGCCUACUGGAGGAGUCCACUGCCUGCCAUUGACUUGGAAGACUUCUCUUGACCCACUUACUAAUGGAGACCUGAAGGAAACCUUUCCUGGAAGGAUAGUCACUUGCUGGACCCCAACAAAGCAUUUACCCAUUCCUUCUGCCUAUUCUGCUACUGAGGCAUUUCUCUUUUAUUGUAUGUUGUGGACUGUAAACCCCGUGUGAAAGGGCAAAAUGGAGGGGCGGGGGUGAGGAGGGAAGACUUGGCUUAAAGAAAAAAUAUUUGCUGGGGAUGGAAUGUGUUGUCUUAUAAACCAGGGACUUUCUCCA